AUGGACACCAGUACUAGAAAUACGCAAGAGGAUGAAACAGAUUGGACAAGAAAUACCACAAUCGAGGAAUAUUUGGGCCACAAUAUCACUAAUGACACAUACGAUACUUUAUACGAUGUGCCAACGAGCAUGAUCGUAUUACUUUCCUUUCUAUAUGGAUCCAUCUCAGUUUUAGCGGUUGUGGGCAAUUUCCUCGUUAUGUGGGUAGUCGCAACGUCACGUAGGAUGCAAAGCGUAACUAAUUGCUACAUCGCUAAUUUAGCUUUAGCUGAUAUCGUCAUAGGGUUAUUUGCUGUACCAUUCCAAUUCCAAGCAGCGUUACUCCAGCGAUGGCUACUUCCACAUUUUAUGUGUGCUUUCUGCCCAUUUGUGCAAGCACUGAGUGUUAACGUUAGUGUAUUUACUCUGACUGCUAUUGCUGUGGAUCGACAUCGAGCUAUUAUUACCCCUCUAAGUGCCCACACAUCCAAACGUGUCGCCAAAGUCAUUAUAGUGUUUAUAUGGGUUUUCGCUUUGUCACUUGCUGCUCCUAUGGCGAUGUCAUGGGAAGUCAUUAUGGUAGACGAACAAGACCCAGUGUCCAGAGUGUUUUACGAAAAACCCUUUUGUGCUCCGACUGAAUUUGGAUCACAUUCGCUAGCAAUAUAUAGACUAUUGUUGUAUAUUUUCCAGUACAUUAUUCCCUUAUGCGUAAUAACAUUUGCGUACGCUCAUAUGGCUAUGAAACUGUGGGGGGCGCGUGCGCCUGGCAACGCGCAGGAAACACGAGAUGCGAAUCAAAUGAAGAAUAAAAAGAAGGUAAUAAAAAUGCUGGUGCUGGUGGUUGCGUUAUUUGCACUUUGCUGGCUUCCUUUGCAAAGCUAUAUGCUCCUUCAGUCAUUCUUUCCAUCUAUUAAUGAAUACAGAUACAUAAACGUAAUUUUCUUUUGCUUCGACUGGCUGGCAAUGAGUAACUCUUGCUACAACCCUUUUAUAUACGCUAUAUACAAUGAAAAGUUUAAAAAGGAAUUCAAACAAAGAUUUACAUUUAGACAAAAACAAAACAGAUUCACUAACGAUAGUUGUUAUGAGGACGGACAUUCAUAUAGAACUCGAGUUCUAUCAAUUCGAUCAACAAAUGAAAGGAGUGUUUACUCUGCAAGAAAAUCAAUAAAUAUAACACCCGUAGAUUCUUUAAAAGCAAGAAAUUCUUGUGAUUGUGCCAGAGAACAUAUUCAUUCAGAUAAAGCAAUUCUACGCCCAUCAAAAAUGGAACGUGAAAUGUGUAAGAAUGGUAACCGUAACAUGAAUCUUGAAGAUUUUGGAAGAUCAAAUAGAUUCAGCAACAAUGAUUUACCUAUCGGUGAUGAAAGAGUUAGUGAACUAUAUAUUUUUCCAAACAGUAGUAUUGUAGAAUUCACAGAUGUGCUACGUGAUAACAAAGUA